CCUUCUCUUUCUCUCUCUAAAAACAAUACACACUCUCUCUCUCUCUCCUCUCCUCUCUCUCGUCUAUGCCUCUAAUUCCACGCGCCACCUUCAUUUUUUCCUCCGUUCUCAUCUACCCAUUAGCGAUGAUAUAUACUGAGUGAUGAGUUUUACUUUCUCCCCCCUUUCUCUCUCUCUCUCUCUCUGUUUUGGUGUUUUAUUUCCUUGAUCUUUUCGUAGCGCUGGUGAAUUAGAUACGUGAAUCCCCCUCCUUUUUUUUUUCUGUUCAAAAUUUCGAGAAUUUGUAUUCUCCGUUUCGUGUUCAGAGAAGCCAAAUUAGAAAGGAAAAGAAUAAAUAAAAUUAACAUCGAAGAAGUGGUUUAUCUAAAGCACAGAGGAGUAGUUGGGAUUCAAAGCGAUAGUUGGAAAUUUCAUUCUCUUUUGGACUGAUCAUCGCGUUAGAUCCCGAUAGGGUGAUCUUAUGGCGGCCAGUAGUGAAGUAAAUGUCAACGAAUCGAAGAGGGUGGUUCCCCUUAAUACAUGGAUCCUUAUAUCCAACUUCAAGCUUGCUUAUACCAUGCUCCGACGCCCCGACGGUACGUUCAACCGAGACUUGAACGAGUAUCUUGACCGGAAAGUGCCUGCAAACGCUAUUCCAGUAGACGGGGUUUACUCUUUCGAUGUUGUAGACCGUGUGACAGGACUUCUUAACCGUGUUUACUUGACUGCCGGUGAAAAUACGCCUCAAUGGGGGAUUAUGGAAGUGGACAAGCCCUUGAGCACCACCGAAAUAGUGCCCGUGAUCUUAUUCUUCCACGGCGGAAGCUUUGUUCAUUCCUCAGCCAACAGUGCUAUCUACGAUACAUUCUGCCGCCGCCUCGUCACCACUUGCAAGGCGGCAGUUGUCUCUGUGAACUACCGGCGGUCGCCCGAGUACAGGUACCCGUGCGCUUAUGAUGAUGGAUGGGCAGCCCUCAAGUGGGUCCACUCAAAAUCGUGGCUAAAGAGUGGGGAGAAGGAUAGUAAAGUUCACGUUUAUUUGGCGGGUGAUAGUUCUGGUGGUAACAUUGCCCACCAUGUUGCUGUUCGAGCGGCAGAAGAGGGUGUGGAGGUGUUGGGUAAUAUUCUUCUUCAUCCUCUGUUUGGUGGGGAAGAGAGGACAGAGUCGGAAAAAAAACUCGACGGGAAAUACUUUGUGAGGAUUCAAGAUAGAGAUUGGUAUUGGAGAGCCUAUUUACCGGAAGGAGAAGAUAGGGAUCACCCUGCGUGUAAUGUGUUUGGGCCGAGGAGUAGGAGCCUCGAGGGGCUGAAAUUACCGAAAAGCCUUGUCGUUGUGGCGGGAUUGGAUCUACUUCAGGAUUGGCAAUCGGGAUACGUGGAAGGGCUCAAGAAAUUCGGUCAAGAUGUGAAGCUUCUUUUUCUUGAAAAGGCGACUAUUGGGUUCUAUUUCUUGCCGAAUAACGAGCAUUUCCAUUGCCUAAUGGAUGAGAUGAGAAGCUUCAUCGAAUCUUGACUGUUGAUACAUAACACUCCAAUUUACAGGCGCCUAGCCAUAUAUAUAUAUAUAUAUAGCCGAAGCUUGACUUUGUUUACUCGUGUACUCGGGGUUCGUUUUUUUCUUCUCCCUACUCUUUUAGAAGUUAUGGUGUGUAGUAAUAUGGUUGUGUAGAAUUUCAGUUUCUCCGUUUCUCUGCGUUUGAAGAUGAUCGAGCUGGUCUCUUUUGGGUGGAAGAGCCAUUCCAUAUCGGAAGCUCAUAAACCUACAGCGGUGGUACUUUGAGAAUUGUAACUAAUUUCAUAGUGUUAGUGAAUUUGUUCAUUCCACGGUUUCUCAAUGACUUUCGGUCUACGGUCAACUACUAUGAUAAAAGCUAAUUCAGCUGAAGGAUAUAAGGAUAAACGGAUGCUGCUGUUUGGUUCUGUAUUUUCUGAUACUUGUGGUCUAGAAAUAUAUAUAUAUAUAUAUAUAUAUAUUAGUUUUCUUGUGUUUGUAUGUAAGUAACAAAGCAAACUUUCCUUCUAUAUUAAUACUAAUCUUGUAAUGGUUUUUGCUCUC